AUGGCGACCCAUCAACCCCAUAUCUGCCACGUUGUACCACCAUACUUGCUAUCGGCUAUUGCCGAUAAUAGCAACAAUGAGAACCAGAUUCGCGAAUCCGCUCGUCACACACUCACACUCCACGCAAAUUACAUCGGCAAGCGAGAGAAACGAUUUGCGGCGUUGACUAAACCUCGAGGUAGCCGGACCUCGGCUCCAGCUAACGCCCACGGACGGCAAGGUAUCGUGCCAGACCAUAUACUUCAGCACAUCGCCGAUUGUGAAGACGUUGACGAUGAUACUCGAGCUUGCGCGAAACGAGACUUGGAGCACGUUAAGAAUAUCCAUGCCAAAUACCAACAGCAGCAAGCUCGUGAGGAAACAUCCGAUCAAAAGGCAGCCGUAGCAGCUAAACAACCUUCGGAUACUACCGAAAAGACCUACCGCGCCGUGUACGACGCAAAACACGACUCCGAUGAAGCCAACCUACCCGGAAAAGUCAUUCGUGUCGAAGGGCAGAAAGCAUCCAAGGACGAGUCAGCUAACGAAGCCUACGAUAACGCCGGACACGUUCUCUCAUUCUAUUACGAUAUCUUCAAUUGGAAGUCCAUUGAUAACAAUAAUAUGCAUGUUAUUAGUUCCGUACACUUUGGUCGGAACUACGAGAAUGCAUUUUGGGACCCCGAGGCCGCGCAAAUGGUCUAUGGCGAUGGACACAAUUUCUUGACCAACUUCACCGGCGCGGUGGAUGUCAUUGGACAUGAACUUACACAUGCAGUCACAGAACACACCUCACCCCUGGAUUAUUCGGGCCAAAGCGGUGCACUGAACGAGCAUGUCUCCGAUGUAUUUGGCAUCAUGAUCAAACAGCGAGUCGAGAAUGAAACCGCAGAUAAAGCCGACUGGUUGAUCGGCGAGUACUGCCUAAUGCCAGGUGUGAAAGGUGUAGCACUGAGAAGCAUGAAGGCUCCCGGGACAGCAUAUAAUGACCCGCGUUUCGGGAAAGACCCGCAACCAGCCAAUUUCAAGGACUACAAGGCAACUUCGGACGAUAAUGGAGGAGUACACCUCUACUCGGGCAUCCCAAAUAAGGCAUUCUAUAAUGCAUCUAUCGCAUUUGGCGGCUACUCAUGGGAAAAAGCUGGUAAAACCUGGUGGGAAACAUUGAGGAGUGGUCAGAUUGCUCCUCGUUGCACAUUCAUUCAGUUUGCAGACGUGACUGUGGCGAAGGCAGAGGAGCUAUUCGGAGAAGAGGCGGCGUCUACGGUACGCAAAGCCUGGGACGAUGUGGGCGUCACGAGACGCUCUUAUACACGCACGGGAAAGGACUAAGAGAGCCAAUAAUAUCUUCAAUUGGAGGCAAUGACCUGUGUUUUAGAGUGAGAGU